UCUCUCUCUCUCUCUCUCUCAUUCUCCAUCUUUAUCUUCCUCUCUCUCACACACUCAAGACACAUACAUAUACUGAGAAAGCAAAACACAUACAGCGGAAGUCUUCUCUUAUGUUUAUGCUAAAGGAAUAUGGUGUGGUCUUGUUUGUUUUCAUCUGUGUGGCUUUUUAUUGAAUCUUGAUGGUGCUAACAGCUAUCAGGCAAUUUUGGUUAAUUCAAAUAUGAUUUGAAGAAAAGGGCCGACACUGUAAGAUUUCACUCAACACUUGGUAUUGUAAUCUUUCUCUCUUUUGAUUCACCCUUAUAACAAGAAACCUUUUCUUCCCUUUUCAAAUCAGUCGUCUAGGGUUUUCAAACAAUAGAUAGGAGCUAGCUAGCUUCAUAUGAUUCUACAAGAAGCUACUAAAAUCAACCUACACAAGCUUUUAUUUAUCAGUGCCUCUUUCACCAUCACUUAGCUAGCUGAAUUUAGAAUCUUCUUGAAUUAUAACUAGGGUUUGUAUUGGAUUCUGUUGUCUGAUUCGAGAAAAAAAGAAGCUUGAUAUCAUCUGUUGCUCAUCAAUGAAUCUAAUUGGCCGGAGUCCAAGAUUAUAAACCAACCCUCUAACCUGCAUAGCUCUAUACAAGGGUAUACCCCAGAUAUUUAGAGGGGAAACUAAGGAGAGAUCAAGGUUGUAUCAAAAGGAGGCUUUUCUAAGAUGAUGAAGGCUGCAGGUAUGGUGGUAGAAGACAGCAUGUCAAAUUUGACAUCUGGAUCUAAUGAUGCUAGCAUUUCUUCUGGCAACAGACUAGAAAUUGGUGCUGUGUACCCACAGCAGCAGCAGCAGCCUCCUUUAGCAUCAUCACCGACUAAUCAAAGUGCUCAACCAGCUUCAAAGAAAAAGAGAAAUCUUCCAGGCAAUCCAGACCCUGAGGCAGAAGUGAUAGCUUUGUCUCCAAGAACCCUUCUGGCAACAAACAGGUUUAUAUGUGAGAUCUGUAACAAAGGGUUCCAAAGGGAUCAAAACCUCCAAUUGCACAGGAGGGGACAUAAUUUACCCUGGAAGUUAAAGCAAAGAAGCAACAAAGAAGUAAUAAGGAAGAAGGUGUAUAUUUGCCCGGAAACUACAUGCGUGCACCAUGAUCCCUCACGGGCACUUGGGGACCUCACUGGAGUCAAGAAACACUUUUCCAGAAAGCAUGGUGAGAAGAAAUGGAAGUGUGAAAAGUGCUCAAAGCGUUACGCUGUUCAAUCAGAUUGGAAAGCUCAUUCCAAGAUUUGUGGUACUAGAGAAUAUAGAUGUGACUGUGGAACCCUUUUCUCAAGGAGGGACAGUUUCAUCACCCAUAGAGCUUUCUGCGACGCCUUGGCAGAAGAGAGUGCCCGGGCAAUUACAACAAACAACCACCCACUAGGACUACUAGGCGGCGGCGGCAAUAGUACUACAUCUUCAGUCCAACUCCACCUCCAAAACCAUCCUCUCCAUGGCGGCGGCCUCCCCGUGUUUCCUCUCAAGCGAGAACAAGAUCAGUUACAGUUACAGUUACAACGACAACAAAGCUUCAAUAGCAACUUGAGGCCACCAGAGCUGCCGCCUUGGCUCUGUGAUCCAGGGGGAGGUCCUCCAACAAGUCAUGACUUGUUCAGCAGCCCGAGACUGGACCAAACCAUGAUUCAUCAUCAUGAAAAUGUCAACAAUCCUAACCCUAACCCAACUCUUUCCUCCUCAUUCCAAGCCGCCGCGGCAUCGGCAUCACCCCACAUGUCUGCAACUGCAUUGCUGCAAAAAGCAGCACAAAUGGGAGUUACAAUCAGCAAACCUGCAUCAAGUCAAUCAGCUGCUGGUGCGGACGAGGUGGCGGCCGCUGCCUUGGCGACAACAACGAUGCUGAGACCCCACCAAGCAGCUCACGUGAGUACUGGUUUGAUGGGUUCAACAUCAAUAAUAUUGGCCACUUCUACAGCUGGUUCUAGCCUGGGUCUGGCCUCACGUGAAGAUCAGAUGGGAAUAGGGUCUAGUUCUGGAUCUGGGCUUAUGCAUCAUCACGGGCUGAUGGCAUCUUUUGGGAACAAAACUAGUGCUAUCACCUCUGCAGGUUGCAUGGAACAUCCACACCAAGAACAAAUAGGUGUUGGUCCAUUAACAACUCAUGAUCAUCUAGGAGGAGGAGCUUUGAUGGGUAUGGUAAAUUCUCAUCAUCACGAUGGAUUCGGGGAGAACUUUCAGGAAGUGUUAUUGACUUCAAGAAGGGAGAAUAAUGGAAGUAGUAGCGGUAAAGAAGGUGGCGUAUUUGGUGGCCGUGGCAACAAUAUUAAUGACGGAUUAACAAGGGAUUUCUUGGGUCUAAAAGCCUUCCCUACUGCUAGAGAAACAUUUCUUAGUCUGGAAGAUCUUCAUGAACUUGGUGGCUCAUCUUUCAAUGGCCAGCAUGGUCAUCACAAUCCAGCAGCACCAUGGUAGAGAGUUAGUUUGAAGUAAUUAUGUUUAUGUUGGGCAUAUGAGAUUUCUUCUUUCCUAUUAAUUUGUUCGUUAAUUGUUAUUAGUUGAUUUUGUCCCAUAUAUAUAUAUUUAUAUGUGUAUCUGUGCUGCUACCGUCCUCCAGUUCCUAGUUCUUUUCACAUUUACAAAUGACAAGAAGGUUUUAUGGUUAUUGCAAUCGAGAUUAAUUCCUUGGCUAGCUGCUGCAA